AUGUCUUUAAUAGCAGAAGCACCUAACUUUCUUCAAGUUUAUUCCAAUGGUUCUGUGAAACGCUUUGACCCUGAAAUAGCCUCAGCCUCUUUGGAAUCAACCAACGGAUACAAAUCCAAGGAUGUGAUCAUAGACCCAUCAAAACCUAUCACUGGAAGAAUCUUCAUUCCCAACUUUCCUACCUCCUCAGAGAAACUUCCCCUCUUGGUUUAUUUCCAUGGUGGUGGCUUUUGCAUUGGAUCCACCACAUGGCUUGGCUAUCACAGCUUUCUUGGUGACUUAUCUGUCACAUCUCAAUCCAUUAUCCUUUCUGUUGACUAUCGUUUGGCUCCAGAACAUCGCCUCCCUGUUGCUUAUGAAGAUUGCUACGCUUCACUUGAAUGGCUCAGUGAUCAAGUUUGUUCUGAAUCUUUGCUUCAACAAGCUGACAUUACUCGAGUGUUUCUCUCUGGAGAUAGUGCUGGAGGUAACAUUGCACACCAUGUUGCUGUGAAGGCAAUUCAAAACCAUGCAUGUCCUUUGAAAAUCAAGGGAUUAAUGCCCAUACAUCCUUACUUUGGUAGUGAGAAAAGGACAAGAAAAGAGAUGGUUGAUGAAAGCAUAGAGGAUGUGACUAUGAAUGAUAUGUUUUGGAGGCUAAGUAUACCUGAAGGCUUAAACCGUGACUAUUUUGGUUGUAACUUCGAGAAGCAUGACUUAUCUGAAAAUGUUUGGUCUAAAUUUCCACCAACUGAAGUUUACGUUGCUGGUGAAGAUUUUUUGAAGGAAAGGGGAGUCAUGUACGUGGAGUUUUUAAAGAAAAAAGAGGUGAAAGAGGUUAAACUUGUGGAGGCAAAGGAAGAAUCUCACGUAUUUCACGUAUAUUUUCCUCAGUCUUCGGCAACCCGUUUACUCCAAAAUCAAAUGAAUAGAUUCAUAGAAAAAUAUUGA